AAUAGGUAAUUUUACCAUGAGUUCCUGCAGCUCAACACGGAGUGAGGGGGAUUUGGACGAGUUGGAGACGCUUGGAUGGUAUCAUUUUGACCUGUCUCGUCACGCCACUGAAGCGUUGCUUCUGUCUAAUGGGGUUGAUGGAAGUUUUCUGCUCAGAGCCAGCAACAAGGGGCCAGACUGCUUUGCCAUCUCUGUGAGGGCAAAGGAUUCUGUCAAACACUUUAACGUCCGGCGGCAGAACGGCAAAUACUGUUUUGGCUUCAAUGAAUUCCUAUCACUGCACGAUUUUACAAGUCAUCUGGCCAAUCAACCACUGCUGGGCAGUGAAUCAGGUAACUUGAUCGUCUUGCGGUUCCCCUACCCUCGUCAGGUGGAGGAGCCAUCGAUCUACGAGUCUGUGUGCGUACACACGGCCAUGCAGACUGGACGCAGCGAGAAUGACCUUGUGCCCAGUGCUCCAUCGCUGGGAACAAAGGAAGGCUAUCUGGUGAAACAAGGAGCCUUCGUAAAGAGUUGGAAGCAGAGAUGGUUCACGUUAAACAGAAAUGAACUGAAGUACUUCAAAGACAAAAUGUUUGAAGAACCAAUCCGCACACUUGACCUGACUGCGUGUACUGGCGUUCAGUUUGACUACAGCCAGGAGAGAGUCAACUGCUUCUGUCUGGUGUUUCCUGAGAGGACAUUCUAUUUGUGUGCCAAAUCCGGUGUGGAAGCAGAUGAAUGGAUUAAAAUCCUGCGCUGGAAACUGUCACAGAUAAGAAAAGGCCGAUAAAGGACAGAACGGGGAAGAACUGUGGAGGGAGA